CAUAGGACAUAGAUGUCCGUUGUGUAUUUUUGUGUCGAUUUUAAUCAUAAAUAACCACCAAAAUGCCGAAAAAUAUUACUAGUGAAGUGCGUGAGAUAAUAUUGAAAGUGAAAGAGUUUAUGGACGAAGAAAAACGUAUGCAAGUGCCGAUAAUUCCGCUGAGUAAAGUCUAUGUGCGGGUCUCUGCCGCUACAGGUGUUUCAGAACGUACCGUACUUAACAUAGUAAAGGAAGCGCGCCUGGUAGAACAAGGCCUUCUAGACCCCGAAACGUUAAAGAAAACACCCAAAAAACGCGUUCGCACUAAAGGCAAAAUUGAAGUUGACGAAUAUGACUUACAAGUCAUAAGACGCAAAAUCCACGAGUUCUAUGCUUUUAAAAAGGAAGUGCCAACUAUUAACAAACUGUUACAAAUCUUAAAAGAAGAAAUUAAUUUCAAAGGGUCACGAGAGACGCUACGUAAAAUCCUUCGCAAAAACGGAUUUCAGUUCAGAAAAACGAAAAAUAAUAAGGAGAAGGAGCCAGUACCUGAACCGACGUCGUCAGUGCCUCCAAUGGUUCCACCUUACAUUCACACUAUGUUUAGUCAUAAAAAUAUUCAGUCGUAAGUUAGGUAAGAAAAUCUCGAAUAUAGUGAUAAAGGCAGUUGCGCUGGCAACAUUGAUCUGACAGGCGGCCGCUACACUGCCACCCGUCUACUCUGUAACUUUGUCAUCCAUGUUUGGAACUGCAUAAUCUUUAUUGUUGGUUAUAACGUAUGAAUUCUGUAUAAAGACGAUUAAGAAGUAUCGAAUAGUAAAGUAGUUGUAUCUAUGUCCUAUGCAGCACUCUUUAGAAACUUGAAUGGCAACUAGAAAUUGUAUUUUUAUGUGUAGGAAGUUAAGAGUAAGAUCGCCAUUGUAAUAUUAGUAAUCUUUGUAAAGCUUGUGAAUAGGCUUUAAAGGUUUUAUUGUACUGUUAAAAUUUAAUGGUAAAUGGUUGAAACUUUUGCAAGUUAUUUGACAAAGCAUAGGACUAAAUGUAUAUAAAUGAAUUAGGUUUCGUAUGAUCUUGCAUUACAUAAAAGUAGGUCCAUAGUUACAAUGAAAUUUGAGACAAAUCUGUAAUUCAAGUUAUUUGUCUAGUUACUGAAUUUGUAAAACGAUACAUGGGACAAAAUAUUGAAGCUAAUUAUGAAUUGUUUUUGCUAGUGACGGCAGAUUUGUGAAAUAAAUAAUACACUACCAGCGAACGCUGGCUACUUGCAUAAGUCAAGGAUGUGUUUUUCCGCUUUAUAGGGAAAAGUGCCUAAUGAACUAAGAAUCAUGAUUUAGUAUUGCUGUGAAGAGAACAUGUUAACUACGAAUAGCAAUAAAAUUUAGCUUUAAAUUUUGGCGAAGCGAAUUAACUUAUAUGAGUUGUUAUUGCAAUAAUCUGUGUGUGUGAACAUAAUGUGCUUGCAAAUCAGCGUAGCGAAUGAAAUAAAAACUUUAACUCUGCAAAGUGGUGGAACUAUGGCCUGGGGGCUAUGUCCGGGCCAAAGUGUGGGCCACAUCUGGCCUGAAAAAGGAUUAUAUUUGGCACUUCACAGGUCUUUCAAAAUAGUAUGUUAUACGGUCAUUACUGUAGUAAAAAUGCAUAUUUGUUGUAAAUCAAUCCCUCUAAAUUUCAUUCAAAUUUUGGCCCCGAAUGAAAAAAUUAUGCUCACCACAACAUAUUGAGUCCAGUCCUGUCAGUGAGGAAUCAAUGGUAGAUGUUAUUACAGAUGUGCGAAAAGAUUUGCCUUCGUAUUGUUACAGAAACCUAUGAACAUGUCAUGCUAUUACAGUCUGAGUACAAGAUGUAAUAUUAACAUUUCCGGAAAAAUACCAAGGAAACCCUUUUCGCACUAAAUCUGUAAUAUCAUAAUCAAAAGAAACAUUCUAUAUUAUGAAUCAUGGAUACGGGAACUAUAAAGGCUGCUAUCCUAGACAACCUGAACUGACCUUCUGUAUCUCACCCCCUCUAAUAUAUCAGUAUGAGUGAGAUGCAUGCACGCACUAUUGAAUAAGUCAGUCUCAAGCUUGUGGUAAAAGUACACUGUUCAUAAUGUUUAACUUGAAAUAUUUGUGUUAUAGUGAAUUUUACAUUUUCUCAAACAUGCAAUGAAAUAUUGUCUUUAUGUUCCUUAAAAUGGGCUGGGAAGUAUCGCUUUUUGGGCGCAACAACUCGAGAGGACUGUAAAAGGAUUUCAUA